CAAUGGCGACCUUCCAGCAGUAUCAUUCCUCAUUUCGCCCUCGCCGCACAAGUCAAGAAGUACCGUCACAGAGUACCGUCGUCUACAAAGCUAGAACAUGGCUGCAGCGUGUUCAUUAGUGGCUGAGUUCGUGAUCCCCGAGCUAGGUGAAGCCAUUUCCGAGGCUUUGGGCAACGUGUUCGACUUUAUCCGAGAGAUGAAGGAGAACGAAGAGAUCUGUCGGCGAGUGUACGAGCGCAUGCAGUUCGUGAACGAGGAGCUGUACAAAAUCACGGACGAUACGGUACUACGUCAGAACCGAGUGCUGUUCAUGUACGGUCGCACCAUCGCGGAAUUCCUCAAGUUCCUCCAGCGCCAGUCGCAAAAGAGUCUCAUCAAACGCCUGGCUAGCAACCGCAAGGUCGUGGAAGCCAUACAAGAUUUCCAUAGUGACAUGGACGAGCUGUUUAAGUUGCUCAACAUAUCGCAUAUGGUCGAGAUGGCCAAGUGGAAGCAGGAGUGGGAACAAGACCGCAAGCGCAUCCACCAACAAAUGGACGAACUGUUAGCCAGCACUCAGAGUAUCCAGACUGAAGUUCAGAACCAUGGGGCGACACUUAGAGAAGGUCUGGCUAUGAUUAAAUACGAAUUGGAACACAAGAGGGAGCAGAACGACCCCGAGCAGUUGAAACUCAUGCACCAAGCCUUUAAGAAGGUGGUGAGCACGUCCAAAGCCAAAGUUCCCGUUGUACCCGAGUGGUUCAUCAGUAGUGACGACGUCGAGUUCGACGCGAAAGAUCAGUUUGAUUGUGGCUCCUAUGGCUCCGUCCACAGAGGCGUAUGGGGCAAAGGAGCCAAAGUGGUCAUCAAAUGUCUGCUUAUGGACGACGACCAGGCGAUGAAGUCAUUCUUUAAGGAAGUGGAAGUGUGGAACAAGCUCAGUAAUCCACAUAUCGUAAAGCUCUUCGGUGCUUGCCAUGUCAGUACACCCGCGUUCUUCGUGUGUGAAGAUGCAAUCCAUGGGAACUUCGCUGACUUCUUUAUGGAAGAUAAGAGCGAGAUCUGGCGACUGUUCUACGAAGCUGCACUAGGUCUCGACUACCUUCACUCGGAGAAGGUAGUACAUGGAGAUCUCAAGUGCAAUAACAUCGUCAUUGGUGCUGACGAUAAGGCCAAGAUCUGCGACUUUGGCUUCAGUUACAUCCGUAGUCAAUCUGUGGGAUUGAGUGUAAAGGCUCAGACUGAUACGGUGCGUUGGAAGGCGCCAGAGUGCUUGAUGCCCAUGGGUGAGAGUGACGUUGAUGCGGCUCAUAACCCACGCUUCGCAUCGGACGUUUAUUCCUUUGGAAUGUGCAUCAUUGAGGCCUUUUCGGACGAACCUCCGUAUGCUCUGGACGACGACGAUACUAUUCUGGAAAAACUGUUUUCCGGGAAGGUAUAUCCUCGGCCGGAAGGUUUAAAAGACGAUGAAUGGAAACUGAUACAGCGGUUGACAGAUCCCGAUUGGGAAAAUCGGAUUGGCCUCUCAGUUGCGAUCGAUGAGCUGCAGAGGUUUGCAGAACGGGAGAAGGACGCACACCAAGCCACACAGGAGUGCCCAAGCUGUUCCACGAGUGUCCCGGCUGGAUUCAAGUUCUGCGGCAAAUGUGGUUCGCCGUUGGGGGGAAAGAUUGCAGCGCUGGCGUAAUAGACGAGUACGCUUGCCAGCCGUAUGGAAUCAAAGCGCGUGAAGUAGCUACAGUACAGUUUGCCUGUAAGCUUAUAUUGCUUCGGUUAUUUGACGAAGUAAAGAUAAUAUCCUAAAAUUGAUUCGGAUAUAUAAAUACGCAAUCUUCUUACUUCUU